AUGGCCCGCUGGGGCCCGGCGCAGGAGCCCGGGUGGGGGCCCGAGGCCUGGCAGCCGGUCCCGCCGCAGCCCCACGGUCCCCCCCCCGGGCAGGGGGAGAAGGCGACGGCGGUGCCCGAGAUCUCGCUGUGGACGGUGGUGGCGGCGGUGCAGGCGGUGGAGAGGAAGGUGGAAUCGCAGGCCCGGCGGCUCCUGAGCCUGGAAGGGAGAGCGGAGACGGCGGAGAAGAAAGUGUCCGGGCUGGAGAAAGCGGUGCUGGAUUUCGGCAACCGGCUGGAACGCAAAUGGGCCGCCUUGGCCGCCCUGGUGCAGGAGAACACGCGGCGGCUGGAGCACGUCGAGCGCCAGCUCCAGCACAGCGGCCGCUGGGCAACCAGGCCCGGGCCGGGACCCGGCGGGGACGAGCCCAAGGUGCCAGCGGCGUGCGCGGAUGAGGCGGCGGGUUUGCCGGAGCCGGAGUGGGGCAGGGCGGAGAGCCGGCAGAAGGAGCUCUGCAGGGUGGCGACGAAGGGGAGCGGCGAGGCUGUGGUCUCCCUUGGGUCUGGGGACGCCAGCUCCAAACCCGCUGCGCCGCCGCCGGCCGAGGACGGGGAGGAUUCGGGUGCGAGGACCCACCUGCUGUCGGAGAAGGGAGCGGUGUCGGGGCACCUCGGCGGGGGUGAGAAGAUCGUCAUCAAGACCGAAGAGCAGCAGCCCCAGGAGGAAGGAGCUGAACUCCUGGCUCUGCCGCAGGCACCCUCGGGGAGGCUGGAGGAGGAGGUUCCCCUGAGCCAGGAGCAGCCGGUGCCCUGGCAGAGCCACGCCGGCUUGGACGAGCAGAAGGCGGCAGGAGAGGCCUUCGGGGACUUCUGCAAACACGGGGCCGCCCAGCCUGAAUUCAAGCCCGUGGUGGUGCCGGUGGAAGCUCACCCUGCCCCGGGUUUGCCUUUCCCGGCGGAGCACGUGCUCGGCGUGGGGACUGACCAGCCCUUCGCCCUGCCCCAGGGAAUGCCGCUGGGAGAAGACGUGACCACGGAGACGGCCUCGUCGCAGCCCACCUUGGAGGAGCUUCGUCCCUGCGCCGUGGGGGAAGAGCCCCGCGCGCUCCCCUUGGGCUGGAAGAGCGUCCGGCUGAAGCGCAACCUCCUGGCGCGGCAGCAGAGCCACCAGGCGAGGAAGAGCAACGGCUCCUUCAUCUGCACGGCCUGCGGCAAGAGCCUGGCCCACCACGCCGCGCUGCUGCGGCACCAGCGCCUGCACACGGGCGAGCGGCCCUUCCAGUGCCCUGCCUGCGGGAAGAGCUUCAACGAGAAGUCCAACCUCAACAAACACUACCGCAUCCACACCGGGGAGCGGCCCUACCGCUGCCCGGCCUGCGGCAAGGGCUUCAUCCAGAAGCACCACCUCCAGAAGCACCAGCGCAUCCACGGGGUGCAGCUGCGGGGCGGGUGGGCCGGCCGGCCGGCGCGGGCCAGUGCCGCCGGGGAGCGGCUCUACCGUUGCAUCGAGUGCACGGAGAGCUUCCCCCAAAAAGCCUCGCUGGAGGAACACCAGCGCCGGCACACCCAGCAGCGGCCCUUCCAGUGCAACGGCUGCAGCAAGAGUUUCCGGCACCGGCAGUCUCUGAACCACCACCAAAAAGUUCACGCCGUGGCCAGCUCGCCUGCCGUCAGCUUGCCCAUCCACGAGACCAGCCCCUGCAAAGCUUUGACCCAGGAUAAUCCGUAGCGCGAGGGCUGGAGAAGGGAAGGGGCGGCGUUUCUCCGGGCUGCUCCGCAGAGGUGCAGCAGCCUGCGACGACGGCACACGCCCGGCAGCUGGUGUGGCACCGCCGUGGGGCUCGUGGCACCGCCGUGGGGCUCGUGGCACUGCUGUGGGGCUCCGCACCGCUGGGUCUCCAGGAGGAGGAGGAUGGAGGCAGGUUGAUGUGCUGCGCGGGCAGGAAAACGCGCCGGGGGUGAAGAGACUGGCCCAAGAGGCAACGGAGAAGGUUCAGUAGCCGGGGCUGAGCCAGGUUGUGCCGCUGCCCCGUGGAAGAGGGAUUCGGCUGAGGAGCCGGAUUCGGCUGCGUCGGGUCCGGCGGGGCGGGCAGCGGCGCGGUCGAACUCAGGGUUAUUCAGACACUACCAGCGUGGAGGGGGCGCUGGGUGGCCCGGGAAGGGGCUGUUGCGGCCGGGCAGCAGCCGGGGUCAUCGUGUUGUCCCCAAAGCAUCAAUCAGACGAGCCGGGAAGAGACUCGGAUAAA